AUGGCAAGACCUGUCAUAUCACUACGAGUGGUACUGAACACGAUCCCUCGAUCAACUCAUCAAGUGAACUUGAGGGGUCAUUUACCACAGAUCCCUUCAAGCUCGAGAUCAAUCUUCCAAUCCGCUGGUAUCCGAACGUAUGCGACUCAUAAAUCCACCAAACACCCCACAUCUACAUCUGAAGCGACGUCUGAACUACUUCGAAACGGAGGAUCAGCACGAAGAGCCACUGAGGGAGGACCUGAAACCGUGGGGCCUUUUCCUUUGGGUGUAGGAGCGAGUGGAAGAAGGAAAGCUUGGAGACCAUGGGGUGAAUUAGGUAUUGGUGGAAAAUUGGUAAGAUCAACACAGCAAACUGGAAAUUUAGCUGUUAUAUUAGUCGGAGGAACUUUAUUUGUCAUUUUAACAUUAGCUUUGACUACUGAAUUAUUCGCCAAGAAUUCACCAUCGGUAUUAUAUUCACAAGCGGUAGAUAUGAUACGUGAUUCUGAUGCUCUCAAUCCACAUCUAUUACCACCUUUGACAUUCACGCAUUCACCACAUUCUUCAGCACCUGUUAGAGGAUCAGCUCCGAUCCCACAUACGUUCAUCAAACAUCCUAAAUCAGGUAGAGAACAUAUGUUAUUGACUUUUUGGAUACAUGGAAGAGGUAAAGAUGAACCUGAACAAUUAGGUAGAAUCAAAUCAAUAUAUAGAAAUAUCGAAGAUUACGGUAGAAAAGGUUUGAUCUACGUUGGAUUGAUCAAUGAUUCAACUUCAGAUCUCGACACAAAUCAAGAUCACAUCGGAGAAGAUAAGCUUAGUCAACAGAGAAAUGUACAAGAAGGUUCAGUUCCACAACAAGGAAUAGUUAGUAGAUGGUUUGGUGGAUUCACUAAUUCUCUAAGAGGAAAUACAGCAUCUGGCACAGCAAAGAAAGAUACGAGAGGAUUACCUCCACCUGGUACUUACAAGAUUGGCGAAUGUCGUGCUGAAUACGUUAAAAAUGCUUCGGGUACAUUCACUCUUUUGUCUCUAUUCGUGGAUAUACCUUCUUCGACAGUAGCGUAUCCAUCCAGAGUAGUCAUUCAUCAAAGUCCGGAAGCGGCAACUGAAGGUUUAAUAGGUACUAGAAUAAGGUGA